AUGUCCGCGCACCCCGAGCUCUCGCCAUACCUCUCCGGAAACGCCCAGUGGGCCGGCCAGACCAACGCCGCGGACCCCACGUUCCUCCCGCAGCUCGCGACGGGCCAGGCGCCGACGGUGCUCUGGAUUGGCUGCGCCGACUCGCGCGUGCCCGAGAGCGUUAUCAUGCAGCGCAAGCCCGGAGACGUGUUCGUGCACCGUAACAUCGCCAACCAGUUCCAGUCCGAGGACGACUCGGCCAACGCCGUCCUCAACUAUGGUGUCCUCCACCUCGGCGCCACGCACGUCGCCAUUGUCGGCCACACCGCCUGCGGAGGAUGCAACGCCGCCUACGCCGCGCCCAAGGAGGGCGCCGCGCCGGGCAACUCGCUUGGCCGCUUCCUCGCGCCCCUGGUCAAGCUCCGCCACUCGCUGCCUGCCGGCGCGACCGCCGACGACCUCAUCAAGGCCAAUGUCCGCGAGGGCGUCAAGAACGCCGUCGCUUCCGACACCAUCCAGACGGCCUGGGCGCAGGGCAAGCAGGUCUACGUCCACGGCUGGCUGUACGACCUCAAGACGGGCCUCAUCCAGGACCUGCACUACUCGCAGGGGCCGCAGUAG